AUGGAAGGCCCCGAAACCGUGGAGUUGGGAAUGGGAGCGUACGGGGUGAAGAAAGACAAGGACGGCCAGGGAGUGCUUUUCUUUUUCUCCUUCUCUUCGUCCUCUGCUGCUGCGGCUUCUCCUUUUUCGCUGCUGGAGGUGGUGAUGGUGAUGGCGAUGGACGGCGGUUGGAGUGUCGGAGAGUGA